AGUCAGUUUUAUUGAAGAUUUGUUAAAUUAAUAAAUCGCCGAAAAAUGGCGAAAAGGCUUUCACAAAGUUCUAUAAAUUGGUCUGCACUGGCCGAAAGAGUACCACCAGAACAGAAGGGUCUAUUAGCGGCAUUCAAAGUCCGUUCCGAUGGAUAUCUGCGAAGAGUAUUAGCGAACCCUCCUGAACCACCAAAGAUCAACUGGUCUUUGUACAAACAAAGCGUUCCAAUCCCUGGCAUGGUGGACAAUUUUCAGAAACAAUAUGAGGCCCUGAAAAUACCUUAUCCUGUAGAUACGCAAACUUCUUUGGUGGAAGCUCAAUGGGCUGAAGUUAAGAAAGCCAUCGAUGCCUUCGUGGCUGAAUCGAACGCAAACAUCGCCAAGUUUGAGAAAGAAAUUAGUGCCACUAAAGCCCUGCUGCCUUAUGAUCAGAUGACUAUGGAGGACUACCGUGAUGCGUAUCCUGAGCUUGCUCUGGACCCUAUCAAUAAGCCCACAUUCUGGCCUCAUGAUGAGGAAGAACAAAUUGGCUAUGUCCACCCUGAAGGACACGCUUCAGCACACUAAAUUUACCAACGUGUUUGGCUGUAAAGUAAUUACUUGCAACUGAUCGGGUGAACUGUGUCAAGGAUGAAGUACCAUAAAACUAUUGUUAUAUUAUGUAGGAAUAAAACUUAAUCAUACAUAUUAUAUUAUUAUUUUCUGAAUACCACUCUUAUGUAAUCAUCUGAGAAAAUAAACAGCUAUUCUCAG